CAGGUGGAACUGGCUUUACCAGGCCGCGAAAAAGGAGGGCCCGCCGGCAGUCUCCUCUCAGGUAGAGUGCUGUCCGCCACUGAUCCUGGCAGCCAGCUCCUCGCCUGGGGCUGGUAGUGGCCGUGAGGGCGCAGAUGCGAGCUUUGAAGGAAAACGCUUUGGUAGUCAAGAACUGGCGAGACGCUGCAGGGUCAUUUGGAAGUAACUCUCCCCUCUUCCCAGGGACUGGUUGAGAACAGAAAGGCCCGGGGAUAUAUCCUUUCAGCCUGAACUCUCACCGACACCUGCUGCUCCAGCAAACCUGUAGCUGAGCGGGGGCUUCAGUUCUGACGUGGACCUUCCUUGGAGAACUGCCUUAGAGUGGGGAGCGGUACCUGAGUCUGACUGAGACCCUGCCUGAGGGCCCGAGUGUGCCCAGGAUGUCUGCCUCUCCAGAGGGAAUGGGCCCAAAGUUUCGCAACAUGACGGUGAAUGAGUGUUUCCAGUCCCGGAGCACCGUCCUCCAGGGGCAGCCCUUUGGGGGGAUCCCCACUGUGCUCGUACUCAACAUCAUCUUAUGGGUGUUUGUACUUGUGCUGUAUUCCUUCCUCCGGAAAGCUGCGUGGGACUAUGGGCGCCUGGCUCUACUAAUACACAAUGACAGCCUGACCUCGCUGAUCUAUGGGGAGCACAGUGAGAAGUCUUCUCCCUCAGAGAUUUCCUUGGAGGUAGAACGAAGGGACAAGGGCUUCUGUUCCUGGUUCUUCAACAGCCUAACCAUGAAGGACCAGGACCUGAUCAGCAGGUGUGGGGACGAUGCACGCAUCUACAUCAUGUUCCAGUACCACCUCAUCAUCUAUGUCCUCAUUCUCUGCAUCCCCUCCCUGGGCAUCAUUUUGCCCAUUAACUACAUUGGAACUGUUCUGGACUGGAAUAGCCACUUUGGUCGGACCACCAUUGUCAAUGUCUCCACAGAGAGUAGGUUCCUGUGGCUGCAUAGCUUCCUCACUUUCAUGUACUUCCUCAUCAACUUUGCCCUCAUGGGUCAUCACUGCUUGGGAUUUGUGCCAAAGAAGAAUCUCAAGAUCACGAGGACACUGAUGAUCACCUAUGUACCCACUGAAAUCCAGGAUCCAGAGAUCAUCAGCAAGCACUUCCAAGAGGCCUAUCCUGGGUGUGUGGUGACCAGAGUCCAUUUCUGCUAUGACGUCAGGAACCUGAUUGACUUGGAUGAUCAAAGGCGCCAUGCCAUGCGGGGCAGACUCUACUACACGGCCAAGGCUAAGAAGGCCGGGAAGGUGAUGAUCAAGACUCACCCCUGCUCCCGUCUGUGCUUCUGCAAAUGCUGGACUUGCUUCAAGGAGGUAGAUGCAGAGCAGUAUUACAGUGAGCUGGAGGAGCAGCUGACCGACGAAUUCAAUGCCGAGCUCAAUCGUGUCCCUCUGAAGAGGCUUGACCUGAUGUUUGUCACCUUCCAGGAUGCCAGGAUAGUGAAAAGCAUCUGUGAGGACUAUAAGUACAACCUGUGUGGCACUCACCCCAAGCAGUCCUCAGUAACAACCGUCGUCAAAAACCACCACUGGAGGGUCACUCAUGCCCCUCACCCCAAAGACAUUAUCUGGAAACACCUGUCCAUCCGCCGUUUCAGCUGGUGGACUCGAUUCAUCGCGAUCAACACCUUCCUCUUCUUCCUCUUCUUCUUUCUCACCACUCCCGCCAUCGUCAUCAACACCAUCGACAUGUACAACGUCACGCGUCCCAUUGAGAACUUGCAGAGCCCGAUCGUGACCCAGUUCUUCCCCUCUGUACUGCUCUGGGCCUUCACGGUGAUAAUGCCUCUGAUGGUCUACUUUUCCGCCUUCCUAGAGGCCCACUGGACCAGAUCGAGUCAGAACCUGAUCAUGGUGCACAAAUGCUACAUCUUCCUGGUGUUUAUGGUAGUCAUUCUGCCCUCCAUGGGGUUGACCAGUUUGGAUGUCUUUUUACGCUGGCUCUUUGACAUCUACUAUCUUGAACAUGCCACCAUCAGGUUCCAGUGCGUGUUCCUUCCGGACAACGGCGCAUUCUUCGUCAACUACGUGAUCACGUCGGCCCUGCUGGGCACAGGCAUGGAGCUGAUGCGCCUGGGGUCACUCUGCACAUACUGUACCCGCCUCUUCUUUUCCAAAUCAGAGCCAGAGAGGGUCCACAUCAGAAAGAACCAGGCCACAGACUUCCAGUUUGGGCGAGAAUACGCGUGGAUGUUGAACGUCUUCAGCGUGGUGAUGGCGUACAGCAUCACUUGCCCUAUAAUUGUCCCUUUUGGGCUGCUAUAUCUGUGCAUGAAGCACAUGACAGACCGCUAUAACAUGUACUACUCCUACGCGCCCACCAAACUGAAUGAGCAGAUCCACAUGGCCGCUGUCUACCAGGCCAUUUUCGCACCGCUCUUGGGGCUCUUCUGGAUGCUCUUCUUCUCCAUCCUGCGAGUAGGUACCCUUCACACCAUCACUUUCUUCUCCUUGACUUCCCUCGUCAUCUCUAUUGUAAUUGCCUUUUCUGGCAUUUUUCUGGGGAAGCUCCGUGUAGCCAGUCAGUAUGAGCCUGAGGAGGAAACAGAGACCGUGUUUGAUGUGGAGCCAAGCAGUACGACCUCCACACCAACCUCCCUCCUGUACGUGGCCACCGUGCUACAGGAGCCGGAGUUGAACCUGACCCCCGCCUCCUCCCCAGCCCGGCACACCUAUGGCACCAUGAACAGCCAGCCAGAAGAGGGAGAAGAGGAGAGUGGUCUGAGGGGCUUUGCGAGGGAGCUGGACUCAGCCCAGUUCCAGGAAGGGCUGGAACUGGAGGGCCAGAGCCACAGUUAAGGGGCCAGGGGAGAGCCUGGCGGAGGAGGCAGGAAGGAGCUCCCUCCCUCCAAGACUUUUGAGAAGCUCCUGAUGGAGACAUCUGCCACCCUGUGGCUCUGUGAAGAGCAGAACCUGCUGACCAGCCGGAAAGGGCGGGAUGGGAUUGAGGAGGCGUACACCAUGUUUCUGGGAGUGGUGGCUGAAGACCAGGACACAAGAGACUGGAUGUUGUGUGUCUUGCUGCGGUCAAGUGUGCAUAUGGAAAGAGGUAGGAAGAAGCCCACUGAAGGCUUUCUGGGGGCUUCAUCACCCCUCAACUCCAGGUGCCCAACAAGGAUUGCUCCAGACCCCACUCCUCUACCGCAGUCUAAGCAGACAAAGGUAUGUGUACUGGGCCUCAUGGACAAGGCCCAUGUGACUGUCCCGUCACAGGUUUCCCUGCAGAGCAUCUAGAAACUCUGUACCUCACCCCCUGAGCAAGGGGCAGCUGGGAUAACCUUGGGAAGUGAUUGAGGCCUUCCCUGUUUCUCUGCCCUGCUAUCUGCUUAUAAUGGUAGCUUGGGACAGCUACUCAGGCUCAUUAAAGAAGGCCUACACGCAUGUGGUGAAGGAAACCCUGGCUAAUCCUUGCUGGUUGAUUUAAGGGUGUGUGUGUGUGUGUGUGUGUGUGUGUGUGUAGGGAUUGCAUAGAGUUUAGGAAACAAGGUGUUCUCUCCAAAACUGGGCCAUGGAAAUCAGACACACCUCUCUAAGUCCCAAGGAUAAAUGAGGCAACCACCAAGAACAUCCUCUGUCCCAUGUAUGUGAGUGCUGCGCCCCGUCAUGGCCACGAUCGGUGGUAGCUCAUGCUGCAAACUGAAGACACUAGCCAUCCCUUGCCCUCAGAAGGACUCUUCAUCCUCUUUCAAGCUGUCCUGCCUGGCCUCCAGUGUGGUACUGGCUGAGAUGUUAUAGAUGCUUCACACAGUGGUGUCAUUACCCUAAUCCUGCCAGGGUCAUACAGAGGGAGUGGUGGAUGUCUUCUCCAUGGAGAAGACCCUUCUGAGGAGCAAAUGGCUGCAAUGUUGGUGACUUAGCUCCUCUGCCCCCUUCUGAGGUGUUCCAGCUUCCGACUCUUAGGACAAGGCAUUGUCAGGAUGGCUAUGAAGCCUGAGCCACCUGAACCAAGGUGCCUGUAGACUCCUGAGCUCCUGAAGCUCCUCCCCAGAUAUCUGGUCCCUUCUUGCGGCCCAUUCAUUGUAGGUGGGUCCAGACUCAUUCUGUCUCAGUAUCUCUUCACAUGGCUGACCUGAAAACAGGUCACGUGGCUCUGCCUCUGCUCCACCUCUGUCAGAUCCUAGCCCCGAGAGCAGUUCCAAGCUUCACUCCAGGGCAGACACAGUUGCUCAAGGGGCAGGCAAUGUCAGGCCGCAGUUCUUGGUCUCAAAUCCUAGCAUGGUGAUAUUUGCUGAGAGCUUGACUCAGCUGGGAAAGAGGCUGUCUCCAUUCUUUGUUGAGCUUAGAAUGAGAGGAGAAUUAUUUACAGCCAGGUCCUUAUACACCUCAGUACCCCAAGGUCCUUGGCCCUGGGAUUUCAUCAACCAGGGAAAGAACUUCAUAGCAGAGUGGUCAGGUCCAACAUCGAAGUCUGCCCAAAGUGGGGAGCAACAGUCCAUCCCCCCACGGUGUGCAUUUGAUAUGUAGUGAUUUGGAAUGCAACCAGGCCUGGACUGGGGCCUUUUCUCUGGGCACUGCUUGUUGGCACCUUCCCCAGAUCCCUGCAGCUCUGUCUGCUGCUGCUGGCUCUCCCUCUAACCCCCCACCCCGCCCCACUGGAAGCCAUGGAAGCUUCAGUUAUAAGGAGUCCUACUGACACCAGGGCUGGAUGUCUGGAGGGCUUUCCUCCUCUGAAUCAGGGUCAAAUGCAGCCUGGUUCUGAUGCCAAUGCCAGGCAAGUGGUGGAUUCCACUCUGCUCUUCCGGGAGCUGGAGUUUGCAAGGUCACUAGAGGCCAAACUCCUUCAUGCAGACUACAAAAGGCCCUCCUCAGCACCUGCUGUCCCCGCUCAUCAUCCCACCCUAGCCCACACCCGGUCCAUCUACCUUGAUCCCUUCUGGAGAGAGAUACCUCCCAGGAGACCUAGAAUGACACAGAGUCUCCCAGAGGGGACUCGUACUGGGCUUGGAGCAGCCUCACCCUGCCUGCCUGUCCCUAAGCUGCCUCUGGAAGCAAAGUGCCUAUCAGCAACAUUGCAUCCUCUGGGGGCCCUGGAAGGGUGUGGACCAACCGUGGCCACUACCAUUAAAGGAAUGUGCCAGAAUCCUGAACCUUCUUGUUAUUAAUGUAUGAUUGUGCCUUGAAUAAACAAGUCC